GCGGCGGCGAAGGCGGCGGCCGCGGCAGAUGCGGGGCGCUGACCCGGGCGCACACCGGGGCGAGGUUGCUGUGGGCGCCAUGUCCCAGCUGUCAGCCCCGCUGCAGUGAGGGAGACUGGGCACUGCCCGUACCGGCCCGGGCAGCAUGGCCAAGGCACGGCUCUUUCGGCUGUGGCUGGUGCUGGGCUCGGCGCUCAUGAUCCUCCUCAUCAUCGUGUACUGGGACAACGUGGGCACGGCCCACUUCUACCUGCACACAGCCCUGUCCCGGCCCCACAGCCCGGAGCCGGGCCCCACCCCGGGGCAGGGCGAGGACCUCCAGCUCCCCUCUGAGGCAGACCCACUGCUGGAUAAGAUCCUCAGCCCCGAUGCCGAGACAGCACUGUCCAGAAAGAAGACAGAGCCACCCGCGGUGCUGGUCCCCAGCCCUGGGGCCCAGAGCCCCAUGGAGGAGAGCGUGCGGGGCUACGAUUGGUCCCCCCACGACGCCCAGAGCAGCGCCGACCAGGGCCAGCAGCAGGCCGAGAGGCGCCGCGUGCUGCAGGGCUUCUGUGCCAAUGCCAGCCUGGCCUUCCCCACCAAGGAGCGCGCGUUCGAGGACAUCCCCAACUACGAGCUCAACCACCUAAUCGUGGACGAUCGCCAUGGCGUCAUCUACUGCUACGUGCCCAAGGUGGCCUGCACCAACUGGAAGCGGGUGAUGAUCGUGCUGAGCGGGAGCCUGCUGGAGCGCGGGGCCCCGUACCGCGACCCCCUGGCCAUCCCCCGCGAGCACGUGCACAACUCCAGCACCCACCUGACCUUCAACAAGUUCUGGCGCCGCUACGGCCGCUUCUCCCGGCACCUGAUGAAGGUGAAGCUGCAGAAGUACACCAAGUUCCUGUUCGUGCGCGACCCCUUCGUGCGCCUCAUCUCCGCCUUCCGCAGCAAGUUCCAGCUGGAGAACGACGAGUUCUACCGCAAGUUCGCCAUGCCCAUGCUGCGCCGCUACGCCAACCACAGCAGCCCGCCUGCCUCGGUGAGCCAGGCCUUCCGCGCCGGCCUCAAGGUCACCUUCGCGCACUUCAUCCAGUACCUGCUCGACCCGCACACCGAGACGCUGGCGCCCUUCAAUGAGCACUGGCGUCAGAUCUACCGCCUCUGCCACCCGUGCCAGAUCGACUACGACUUCGUGGGCAAGCUGGAGACCCUGGAUGAUGACGCUGCCCAGCUGCUCAGGCUGCUCAAGGUAGACGGGAGGCUGCACUUCCCCCCCAGCUACAGGAACAGGACGGCCAGCAGCUGGGAGGAGGGCUGGUUUGCUGGCAUCCCCCUGGCCUGGAGACGCCAGCUGUACAAACUCUACGAAGCCGACUUCGUCCUCUUCGGAUACCCCAAGCCCGAAAACCUGCUCAGAGACUGAAUGCCCUGCACCGCAAAGGUGCUCAGAGCGCAGCCACGUGCUUGAGAUGGGGGGGACAGGGCCACAGGGGCUCGGCCCCCCCACACUCCCACCCCGCAGGCCAGGGAGCGCCUCACACUCCGUGUUUUGUUUGUUUUUUUAAAAUAAGCCACUGUUUUGCAAUCUGGACUCACCAUGCCCGCCACAGCCUGUAUUUACAGGCACCAUGUUAAUAUUGUUUUCUAAGAUUAAUAUAUUUCAGAUAUUUAAUAGGAAAGUGGGAGUGAGCUGGAGUAAAACGUGGCACCCAGGUCCCUGGGGCUCUUGUGGUUCUUUGGGCCGGGCAGGGGUGAGUGGGGGCUCCACACCCCACUCCAGGUGUCUUCAGGAAGGAGAAAUCUAAACUCGGAACCAGGUCAUUUUCCUUAGUGUAAUGGAAAUCUCCAAGGCUGGGUGCUGUUACAAAGGACAGAGGUUCAUGAACUUAGUAGUUGGGAGAUUCAAGGAGCUUGAGCUAGCCUAGAACUUGUGAUCCUUCUGCUGCAUCCUCUGAAGGCCUGGGAUUACAGGUGUGUGCCACCAUGCCCGGCUGCUGUCAGGAAUUUCGGAAUGUCAUCUCUACAGCCAUGACUCGGUGCACACUCACCGUGGAGCCGUCCCUGGUGCCUGUGCGCUGGGCCAGGACGGUGUUGGCAGUGGUUGCGUGUUUGAGGAGCUUUGUGGGCUCAGGUUGUGAGGCCACGAGGGUGGGAAGCCUCUGCUACCAGGCCGGGUGCCAGUCACUUUCAGGGACAGUGACAGGAGCUUGAGGAGCCUCAGGCUCCUGGAGAAGUGGUGCUGCCCAGGCCUGCAGGGGGCGCUGUUGUGGACAGUGGUACACUGGGCACAGGGCACCGGAAGGGGCGGAGCCAGCAUGUGCUAAGUGCCUGUCCCUUGUGUCUGCCCCGUGGGGAGGCGGGAGGGGUCAGGAGGAUCCAGGGCCUGUGCCUCCCCCAUCCCCCCCAGCUCUCUCAUGGGGACAGGGUAGAGCCUGGUAUGGGGUACAGUUCCUGAUUGGCAGUGUGGGGCCCUGUGGUGAGAACAGUUCAGGCACUCUGCCAGGGUGGUAUGGGGGUGGGUGGCCACCCUCCCAAACACAGCAUGGGGCAUGUUUGGGUCUGUUCUGGAACCUUCCAUUCUGCAGGUUGGCUAUAGGUUAUGCCUUUGGGAGCUGGCCCCAGCAGGCAUGGAAGAGGCAGGGGUGUGGCCCCAGGACCCUAGUGCCACCCGCCAGCCCUGCAGAUGGCGGCCCGUGGAGGGGGGUUUCCUCCUGGCCUGUGUGAAGAACCCAAGAGCAGCCUCACCUUGCCCUGGACAGCCAGGGUGCACAGGCAAGGGACCCCCGUCCUGUAAGCACAGAGGACAGCCAGGACCUUCCCCUUCCACACGAGGCCGGGGUCCUCUUGAGUGUCCCUCCAUGACCCCUCCUCGAGCCCAAGGAGGCAGGAGGGACACUGCCGCUGCCAUGCUGGGAACAGCAUUCUCCCCCGGGACUCCACCCUGAAGAAUAACAAGACUCCCAGAUCUCCGGGAUGGGGGUGAGGGAUGGCACCAUCAACGAGUUGGGCAGGCCCCCCCAGCCAAGAUUCCUGGGUAAUUAUUAUUUAUAAGUGACAUGUCAAGCCUCCACUCCUAAACCCCCAAAAGACAGCCCAGUAAGAGUUGGAUGGCCUGUGCAGAAUUCACCUCCAGGAAAGGGAAGGCAGGAAGGAGCUGUUAGGAGCAAGUGCCUCCUGCUUUUGCCCACCUGCUCCCUGCUGACCAUCUCUGCCCACCUCAACAGCUUGGGAGACUGAGCAGGGCUUUCCCCACCCCAGCUGAGCAUGGCACCCCUAAGCAGUUGCUCAGUGCUCAGGGCUGGGCCUGUGACCCAGCUGGAUCCUUGGGCCCAGCGCCCUGUGCUGGAAAUGGGCUGUGCCAACUGGUCAGACUCAAAGUCCAGAGCCAGUAUGACCAGAUCACCAAAUGUAGAUGCACUGCCCUAAGAUUAGAUGGGGGCAGAAGGCCCCAGGACCCUCCCCAGGACCCACGCUGGCAAAGCCACACCUGAAGCUGCUGUCAUUUCAGGUUUGAUACCACGCAGGAUCCUCACUCAGACCUUUUGAAUGAGUGACAUUGUCAUUUGGUAAACUUGGUUGAGUAAUUAAGACAGAAGUCAUAUGACUGUUAUAACCUGUUAACAUUUUAUGUAAAAUACAAAUACUGUAUUUUUGAUGUCA